ACUCUCUCUCUCUCUAUCUCUCGUACGUUCUCUCGCUUGCCUCUCCUGUCCCUGCUCUGUUUCCCGACGAUCGUCAGCGAGGAGUACUUCGUACGCGUAAAUGUACGAUACCCACCGAGGCCGUUCUUCGUCGUAACCUUCCUUUUUAAAUCUCAUACGUUAUUUCUUCUUGUUCCCUCUACAACUAUCAACGAGAAACUGGUGAGACAUUGGAAAUUGUUUUUCAAAUGUAAUUGAUAGCUGUAUUAUUAGUUAGACAUGUCUUGUCAAAUUAAGGGGAUCGCGAAUUUAAUUAAAACGAGUGACAUAAAGGAUAUACUUUUUCGCGAGUCCACUAGAAAGUUUGACAUUCCACAAAAUGAGUUACCUCUUCAGAACUGUCUUAUAUCAUUGUCAUCGACAGGAGAUAUUCUUGCUAUGGCAUUUAAUACGAGGAUGAUUAUAUUAAUGUCAAGAUGGGAUUCUUUAGAACCUGAUGAAACAAAAAACAAAUUUCAUAUAAUAUGGUACGGGGAAAUUACAAAGGAACCAAACGAAUGGGUGACAUCGGUGAUUUGUUUACCUUUAUUAUCUUUGGGAAAGGCCAGUGGUGGUAUUAAUCCAGACUGGACAUGUAUCAUAGUUGGUUUCAAUUCUGGUUUCAUUAGAGUAUACACAGAAACAGGUGCAUUAUUAUUGGGAGAGCAGUUACAUAACGAACCAGUCAUAGGAUUAAAAUGUCAAUCAUUUCGUUCGCAGAAACAUGCAGGGGAUACUGGUUCAACGGAAGAAGUACACGUACUUUACAAUAGUGUUAUAUGUAUAUUGCAAGGAUUUCCUUUAUUUUCAACAUUACGAGCAUGUAGAAACCAUUUGGCCCGAGUUAAAGCAAAUUGUGAUGAUUUGCCACCAGUCACAAAUUUAUCAUAUAAGAAGUGGGGAUACAGAAAUCAGGAUAUUGUAAAUGAUUCUGAAGUAAUUGGUACUACAACUGUAAAUAGUUUUGAUCAUUUAAUGACAGCUUCAAUAUGCGGUGGAUAUAAUGCAUCUUACAGAUCUAGUGCACCGCAACAUAAUUUAGUAAUUGCAGCUGGUAAAAGACCAUUUGUUGGUUUUCAUUAUGAAUUGGAAGGUGGUACAGCACCAGUGUUGUCUGACGUUGCACUAGCAAUGGCCAGCAAAUUAGUAAAUGCUAUUGGAACUGCUGCUCCCUGGUUUAGUUGGGGAAAUUCAAAGAACCAUGUUUCACCCGAGGUAUUAAAAUCUAGUACUCAUGAACCAGUUGAGCCGAUGAUCUGUAGAUUUGGUUUGAGUGAUGUUACACGCGAGGGUUAUUCAGUAGUAUCGAGCCCAAAUAAGAUGUUAUCAGUAAUAUCAGAUGCAAUGGGCAGAGUAAUAUUAAUAGAUAAUAGACGUGGUGUAGCUGUGAGAAUGUGGAAGGGAUAUCGUGAUGCUCAAUGUGGAUGGAUCGAAGUGGACGAAGAAAAACAUACGGAAACGAACAAAACAUUUAGUAAAUUUAAACAAACGUCGUAUUUACGUUCUGCAUUAUUUCUAGUUAUUUACGCUCCUAAAAAGGGUUUAAUAGACAUAUGGAGUACCCAACAAGGUCCUAAAAUUACUACGUUCACUGCUAGCAAACGCGGACGAUUAAUUUAUAUUAAUUAUGGACUUCUUGGUACAAAUGAUAAUGUACAUUUACCGAAAAAUAAACCGCGGUAUUCGUGUGUUUUUAUGGACCCACUGGGAGGUCUAAAAGAAAUCACUGUCCCGUUCCAUUUUGCCCUUAGUAGUAAGAAUGGGAAAAGGGCACGUGAUAUACAUCUCUUAAAAAAAUUAAAGAUGUUUUUGCGCGAAGAAGAGUUCGAUGACGAAAAAUUAAUAUCAGAAGUUCGUAGUGUAUGUACAGACCUGAAGACUAAUGAAAUAGGAGUACAGACGCUGGAAAUGUUGAUGAUAAAUAAACAUAUUACACCUGAUGCUUUACUCGCAGCCACAGAGUGUUUUAUCAAAAAACUAGAUGAAUAUGAAGAAAUAAAUAAAGAAGAAAUGGAACCUACAGUAAAAAUACUGCACACAUUAACCACACAGUUGCAGCAAGUGAUUAAGUUUUAUAAAUAUAGUCAAUCACAGCCUGAUACUCCAGAAGGAGGUCAUACUAACGACGAUGAUUUAAGCGAUACAGAAUUAGCCUCAGUUUUAUUAACUUCUGAAAGAGAAGUUCACAGAAUUUAUAAAUUAUUUAAUACAAUAAAUAAUUUUAAAUCUACAAGCUCUAAAGGAGAAACUAAAGUAAAGUUCAAAGAAGAUGGAAAAGCUUUCUUAAAUUUCUUAUCUUGUUUUGAGUUUGGAACACCAGGAUUGAUAGAUGUUAAGAAAAAUACAAAAUCAGAGAAGAAACUUCAAGUUUCUCAGUUAAUAUAUGAAGGUUGUAUGCGUUCAACUGACGGAAUUGAAGCUUGGAAAGAGGCAGCUGCGAGCAGUAACAUUCAGCCUUUUGCCUUAAUGAAAUUUGCUUUAAUUUACUGGCUGGAUAAAAAAAGGGAGACCUGUUUAGGAGCAAAAUUAAAACAAUUUGUACAACUUUUAACUGCUAUUUGUUCAAUUAAUAAUGUUGAAGAAAUAUGUGUCGAAAAUAACGAAGUAUCUUUAUGGUGGAAAAAUGUUCGAACUAUUCUCUCGGAGUCCACGAGUCCAUUUAAUGCACUUACCGCUGCUUUGGCGUGCAGGGCCGUUGCUAUGUCUUUAGAGAAACACAAGGAAAAGAAGAAUAACAGUGAAACUGAAAACAAUAAUUGUAAUGAAGAGGACGUUAAUAAAAAUGAAAAUAAUUCAAUAGAAAUAAACGAAGUCGGAGGGUUUGUAUCCAAUACAAGAUCAAAUGACGAAACAUAUAAUUUAACAAGUGAAUGGGAAAAUGUAACUAAAGAUAAUUGUCAAUUUACCUUGCACAUUGGGAAUCUCGAGGAUAUUACGAUUUUGGACGCUAUUGUGAGCCAAAAGCCUCCUUCAGAUGACACGACACAAUUUUUUGCUUUGCCGUUCACUAAAUUCGACAUUUCAUUAAACUCAGUUUUGUCAAAAGGAAAAGGUUCUGUGUCAGAGAUUGUUGCAAAAUGGAUUGUUUCAACCGGUAUUGAUCCAGCACAAUUAGUGAAUAUGAUUGAUAAUGAAUUCGAUGAAUCACAGUUACCAAACAAUACGGCGGGAGUAACAAAUACCUCCGAUGAACCGUGUAAUACAGAAGUUACGCAGCAUGAUACAGAACAACCUUUACCGACAGAUACGCAAAUUGAAAGUGAAGCAAAGGAUGAUCCGACUGCGACUACCUAUAUUUUAGAGCAUAUUAUGCUGUUAAAACGUCAUUUUCCGUACAGUUUAACAAGUAGCGUUUUAUUAGCUAAUGUGUGUUGGGAAUUUGCAAUGUCAUGGAACAAAGACAUUUCACAGAUAAAAUCUCUCGAAAGCGCAUUAUUCGUUUUACAACAAAUACCGUUGAAACAAAUGAGGAAUGGUGUUUGCUGUUUGUUAUGGUCUGUUCAUAUAAAAAAGAGAAUGGAAUUUGUUGCGAAAUUAAUGAAUAAGCUUGGAAAAUUACCAAAAGAUAGGUUGUACGUAUUGGAAGUUAGUUUAACAGAUUCACAGAUAGUUACAUUUUUACAGAAUUGUGUUACAUUCUUUGAAAUAUUCAUCGAUUCAGAGGUGUUAGAGACUGAAGGAAAGAUUAAUAACUUGAUUAAGUCGGAAGAAUUAUGGGAAGGCUGUGCUUCUGGUCCACAACCGUUUGCUGCAUUAGCUAUUUCUCAAUUACCGGCUUGGUACGACCUGUUACUUUUACAUGUACAGUUGGCCCACGUUUUGUACAUGAUGGCAUAUUUCAAUUUGAAAGUAACAAAGCCGUUGAAUAAUUUAUUUGAACCGAUGGUGCAACCAUAUUUCUUUCAAUCUAUGACAGAUAAAACAAUGAUUACAUGGUACAGAGAUGACGCGAGAGAUAGUUUGAGAACAGAAUUUUUAUGUCGAAUUAUAACUGCAUCAAUGGAUUAUAUUCACCAAGAAACCGGUGAUAGUAAAACGUUAAGUUCAAUGCAGGCUAUUCAGUGGAUGAGUACAUGCCAGACUCUUGCUUCCAUUUGGAAAAUUAAUAAUGAUGAACUGAGAAUACAUCAAGUUUGUCAACUAUAUAUAAAUGGGUUUGAUCAAUUGGCAGAGGAGGUUGUUGCAGCAGUAAACGACGUGGAGAAAUUAUCGGUAAAUCUCUUACCGAUCGCAGGUAGGAGGAUGAUGGCGUACCUUUCGAAAACGCCUAAUCUCCUGAGAGAAGUUUCUCGUAUAAGUCCUACACUCUCCAAAUACCUAGAGAGUCUGAACGCGCCAGAAGUGAUUUGUACAAAUUGUUCAAUUGACAAAACUAUCGAAUUAAUACGACGAGUUUCUAGGCAUUUAUCCGAAAUGCAUCCUGAUUAUCAUCUUGUGCAAUUGAUGUUAGAUGCAACGACCGUCUAUGAGAAUACGACAUGAUGUUUAAACGAUAUAUGAUUUAAAUUUAUCUUGUAGCGAGAAAUAUG